AUGGUGGAGAGAUUUGUAGAUAGAGUUAGAGAGUUAGAUAGCAUUGGAGCGUUGAUUUGUAAAGGUGAAGAGAGUGAGAGUGAGGAUGAGGAUGAGGAUGAGGAUGAAGAUAAGGAUGAGGAUAAGGAUAAGAAUGAGGAUGAGGAUGAGGAUGAGGAUGAGGAUGAGGAGAUGAAGGACGCGGUCCAGGUAACGGAGCAAUCCGAUGCCAUCCAUGCAACCGAGACGGACGUUGCAGUGGAUGAUGACUGUGACAGUCUCUUCGGAGAGCCAAGCGAUGACUUCGGCAUCGAAGAAGCAGACAGCGGCUAUAACACCGAGCACGCCCAUGUCACCAACGUCGACGCCAGCGACUACGACGAGAACCUCGACGACGAUGUCGACUUGAACACCGACGAAGUCCAAGUCGAACCAGCGCAACAGGCCUCCCUCUCCAACGACACCGACGACGACAUACUCGAGGCGCAAUUGGAGGCCCUCUUGGCUGAGCCUGAGGCAGAGGCUGCGGAAGAGGACGAAGAUGAUUGUAAGAGCGCUACCUCCGGGCCGCCUGAUCUCCCUUCUGUCGUCGGAAGCACCAAGGCCAACCCCACCGUCGAGGCUCUUCACCUGCCUCUCACCAGCGCUCAGGACUCCACCACCGGACAUAAGCGCAAGCGUCGCGACUCAGACGCUUCAAGCAAGACCAAGGCUCCUGCACCAAAGCGAGCCAAAGUCACAGCAGAAAUCGCCCCUCUCGAGGAAACUACCGUCCGCGAACAAAUCCGCAACGGUACCUUCAGGAAGCUCAACAAGCUUCCUGCCGCGAGAGACUUCGUCAAACGCCUCGAAUUCAAAGCUCAGUCCUACGCCAGGACCUGGCCACUGAUCGAAACGGCUCUCAAGAAGCACUUCGACGCCCUCGAUGCUGCUGCAGCUCCCGCCACAACUGCUCAGCAAGCCAUCGCCAUCCCUGACGAAGACUCCGACGAAGAUGCCGUGGAAGAGUGGGAGGACGUUGACCUUGGCCUCACCGACCCAACGCCAUCGAACAAGGACCAGCGCUCCCAGGAUGACGACAACUCCGAGCCAGCAAGACCGACCAAGCGCACUGCUUGGACUACCGCUCAGCCUGAAGUACCAACAACCUUCGGUGCCCGGGCGCGUCUUGCUGGCACAUUCAGGGGAGCCAUCGCCGAUGAGAGUCGCCUCAUCAAGGAGUGCGGUCCCGACUGGCGCCAAGCACCCAAGCCCCAGGCUCGCCGGUCGCGUCACAAGAAAGCCGCGUGA